GGGAGUAUAAUUUACAACGACAUCAAAAGCAAUGUUCAAUCUGAUUCAUGGUUUCAGUUUCUUAAAAAAUGAGCAUCUCCUUGGCGUUAAAUCCUGUUACUUGUGCUGUCGUCCACUUCCGUCCUCCGCCUCAAAUGCCGCUCUUCUCCGCCGCUCGAUUUGCCGGAAUUCCUUUUUCUACCAAAACCCAUCUGCUUCGCUUAUGCUCUACUACUUCCACCAACACUGGUUAUGAUGGCGGUCCUGUGGAGAAGCUAGGUUCAAAUGGAAGGGACGAUACUUCUCAAGCUGCCUCAUCAAAUGAGAUAUUAGCCAGAUUGAAGAGAUAUGGUAUCUCUGGAGUUUUGUCCUAUGGCUUGCUAAAUACUGCUUACUACCUUACUACUUUCCUGGUCGUCUGGUUUUAUGUCACUCCUGCUCCUGCAAAAAUGGGUUAUUUGGCAGCUGCGGAAAGGUUUCUCAAGGUGAUGGCUAUGGUGUGGGCAGGAAGCCAAGUAACCAAGCUCAUACGAGCUGGAGGGGCGCUGGCGCUUUCACCAUUCGUGGAUAGGGGUUUAUCGUGGUUCACUAACAAGAUGGGAUUUGAGUCGCAAGGGAAGGCAUUUAUGGUGAUAGCUGGCUUUUGCUUUGGUUUGGCUUUCUUGAUGUUUGUUAUAGUGACCUUACUUUGGGCAUAAAUCUCCUGUCCUUUUGUUUUGUUAAAUUUAGCGUUCUUUCUCAGCAUUUGAACAACAUUGGCUGAUGGCAUAUUUGUUUGUUAUCUUUUGUGUAAGUUCAAAAUGUUUAUAACACAGUGAAUAUUUCGUCGUGAGGCAAUCAAUAUGAAUUAUUCUUGUGGCUUAA